CAUCAAGGUCAGAAUUUUCAAUACAAAUGUCAACACAUUUCUACUGUAUGGGGAAAGCUAGAGAAUUAACAGUUGUCUACACUAUUAGCAACAACCUACUAUGGGAGAGAACAAACCAGAUUCCAGCUGAAGAAGAAAUCAGGAAAAAGCUCUGAAAGUGAAUAGAACACACAUUGAAGAAAGCACCGAACUGCAUCACAAGGCAAGCCCUCACUUAGAACCCUGAAGGCUAAAUGAGGAGAGAACAACCGAAGAACACAUUAUGCCGAGAAAUGGAGACAGAUAUGAGAGGAAUGAACAACAAUUAGAUAACACAGUACAGAGUGGAUUGGAGAAUGCUUCUUGGCGUUCUUUUUCUCCAUAGGGAGUAACAGGCGUAAGUAACAACUAAUUUCAAUUAUCAAUAUCGAACCAAACAACAACAACAACAAAACAAGGACAAAAAAGGGGGGAGGCAUCAUGAUCUUAUCAAUAGCAGAAAAAUAUUGGAAAAUUAUAAUUAUCUUAUCAAAUCUUAUAUUUAUUGUAUACAGUAUUGUACUUAUUUCAUUAGGUAUAGAUAAAUUGAAUUUUUUAAGCAGAUUUACCAUUAUAUUACAUAAUGCUAUACCAAUUAUAAUUCCAAUGAUUAUCUCUAGUGGAUUAUUAUGUCUAAUCACUGCAUUAAUUGGUUUAAUUGGUUUAAUAAAACAAAAACAAUGUAUUGCAUUGAUUCAUAUUGGUGGUUUAAUGAUUAGUGCAAUUAUCGAAUUUAGCACAGCAACAAUGUCAGCUGUUUCUAAGGAUCAGUUUUUUAUGACAGUAAAUUCUUCCUUACAUGAAUCUGUAGUACAUUAUCAUAAGGAUUUUGAUAUUAAAAAUGAAUUUAAUAAUUUACAAAUGACUCUUGGAUGUUGUGGUGCUUCCUAUUUUCGUGAUUAUUUAAAAAUACAUUCUACAACACCAUCUUCUUGUAAACCUACAUCAUAUGGAUUUGGUUGUGUUGCAGCAAUCACUCGAUACAUGCAACAAUAUAUUAUACUGUUAAUGUAUCUAUGCUUUAUUUUUGCAAUUUUAAAAGGGAUAUAUAUAACUAUAUCAAUUUUAUUAUUUCGUAAAACAGUUGACAAGGGAAAUUCAUCUGUGUAAAAUUAACAUUAACAACACACACACACACACAAACACAAAAUGGACAACAACAUUAUAAAUUACAAAACUACAAUAGAAUAUCAUUGAUCUUAAUGACAUUGUUGAUAAAGAUUGAAUUGUUAUGUCAAAUUUAUACAUGAACAGUUUUGAUUUCUACAUUUUGGAAACAUUGAUCAUCAUUCAAUUUUGUUAUUUGUUAAUUUUUUUUCUUAAAAAUUGUUUUCUUUUGAAAAACUUCUUCACACUAAUCACCAUAACAACAGAUUGGUUAAAAUAAUAUCAAUAUUAAAUUUAUUUGGUAUUGUUGUAUUAUUUGAAUCUUCCUAUUGAUAUUUAGGAGUGUAAUUGAUCAGUCUCUUAUUGGCAUAUAUGCAUACUGUGAGAAUUGACUCGAUAUUGCUUUAAUUUACAAACAUUAUAAGAAAAUAUGGAUGAUGGCUAGCAGAGGAAUUCAGUUUGACGCGUGUUUCAUUCCAUUUGGAACUCGUCAGAGGGAUGUACAUUUAUCUCAGAGUUGAUAUUUACUGUGAGAUUCAAACCUAGUAACGUUUGUUUCAAACACUAUUGCGUUAUCCACUUAGCAAUUGAGUUCUGAUAGCCAUUUACUUGUGCAAUAUGGUAAAGUUUAAAUUCACUUGGUGUUGUUGUUUACUUGUAUCUUCCCACCGAUAUUUAGGACUGUAAUUGAUCAGUCUCUUAUUGGCAUAUGUACAUAUUAUGCGGAUUGCCUCGAUAUUGCCUUAAUUCACAAGUAUUAUAAGCAAAUAUGGAUAGUAGCUAGCAGUGGGAUCUACAACGCGCGUUCCUUUCUAUUUGUGAGUCGACAGCUGGAUGUACCUGCAUCUGAGUUGAUGUUCACUCUGGGACUUGAACCCAGUACCAUUCGUUUCAAACACCGAUGUACUAUCCACUUAGCUACUGAUUCCCAACGGCCAAUUGCUUGUGCAAUAUUUUUAUGUUAUUUUAAAAGUUUUACAACAGGAUUAAUCUUUCUUGUUUGACGUUUCACAAUAGUAUUAAGUGAAUAUUGUUAUAAUAGAAGGACUUUUCAAUUUUGAAACGUUAGUCGAUUUAACUAUAUUGUUGAUUUCACUGGUUGAAAUCAUGAGUCAAUUGAAGCUAGACCACCAUGGAAAACCUGGAUGCGCCACUGUGGCGCAACUUUAUGGAUUGGUUGAAGUUAGAUAUUAACACCCUUGGAUGCCGACUCAGUGGUCUAGUGGUUAAGCGCCUGGCACGAGACUGAUAGAUCUUGGAUUCGCAUCUCGCGGGGGCGGGAUCUUGGAUGCGCACUUCUGAGGAGGAUUCCCAUACUAGGACGAGACGGCCGUCCAUUACUUCCAGGUCUUCCAUGGUUGUCUAGUUUCAAUUGACUCAUGAUUUCAACCAGUGAAAUUUCUAAAAAUCUCCACGAAACCCAUUCUGAUAUAUUUUGAUUAUUCAAGUUGAGUGUUGUGAUCUGUUGAACCUUGAAGAGAUCGAUAGAGUUAAAUCUAUACCAUAUUUUAGAUCUAAACUUUUCAUCAAAUGAAUAUGAUUAAUAUGAAAAUCAACCACUUUAUAAUUAAGAUACGGAAGUGACAGAUAAUCUAAGUAUUAAUAACACAUCAAAUUUGAAUGUUAUGGAUAUUUUAAUUCAGUAAAUAAGAUCCGUGGAAAUUCAAUCAAUAGCAGUGAAAUAGUGUUUAAUCUGAGACAACAUUCAUAAGUAUGUAAAUUGAUUAGUGUAGUUCUAUCUGAAGUUUGUGCUGAUGAUGUCGUUCAGAAGAACGAUGAAAGCUCCACGAUCAAACCAUCCAGUUCAGAGAAUAAAACUCCAUCAAAAGUGAUUAGUCCAUUUGAUAAAUUGCGAUAGUGUUAUAAGAAGACAAAGAUUAUCAGAACUAUGUUGUUAUAUAUUAACAUAAUACACUUCGAACAAUAUGACCACAUAUACACUUGUUAAGAACAUUUAUGCAUAGAAAUGAAUAGCCAACUAGACACAUAGACAGUAAUGGUUCAGAUGGUUCAAAUGGUUGUGGACGGAAUAGAAGAAGCCUUCUCUUAACAAGCUUUCGUGUCUAUUAGCAGGGGAUCACGAAUAACUCCAGGCAGGAACCUAGGUUGUUCUCUUUUGGUAAUAUAUACAUUUAUAUACAACACUAACAUAUCAACAAUCAAAUAACAUGUGUUGAAUAAGGUGAAAAUGAACAAUAUGUUACAUCUAGGGAACAUCACAUUAUGGUUUGAUAACACAUGAAUGAUGAUGAUGACGCUUAUAAUGUGAAGAAGAAUUCAAUUAACA